AUGCCCCAGUAUACCCGGCUCCCCUCGGACGAGGGCGGCUCUCUGAUGCCACUGGAUCCACCCAUGUAUGCAGACGUGGGCAUGGAGCAGUUUGAGAUCGAGGACGACGCCCCUGGGCCACGGGAACUGCUCCUCUUCCGCAUGAAGCUCGCCACCAAGAAAUUCACCUACGGGCUCCGGUCGCUGGUGGUGGUCCCCUUACAGCGGCUUAUGGACCCCGUACGUGAAGGGUACAACUAUGUCGACAUGCUCUACGAGCGGUUUAUCCUCAAAAUGGGUAAUCCGCUCGUGGUGAAGCGUCUCCUCUACGUGGGGUUUGUGUUGGCGAUCGUGUUCUAUAUCACGCACGCUCUGGCCUUCAAACAGAACGGAGUCAGCGGCACUACCGGCGGGACGUUUUAUUCGGGCCAUUUCUACGAUGUCGACAUUUUGGGGCAGAAUUUCGCCAAGUACAUCAGCCCGUCAAAUAUGGAGGAAAACCUCGCCUAUCUCAGUCAGGAGCCACGGCUAGCGGGGACGGGCCAGGAUCUCGUAUCCGCCCGCUACGUCCACGACUGGUUCAAGCUGAAUGGCCUCCACCAUUGCGAUAUCCAGGAGGUGCUGGUCCACAUCAACUACCCCGUGCCCCACCAAUCAUCGCUCAAAAUCGGCGACUGGCAGGCUACUUUAUACGAACCAGGCAACGGCACCGACCCCGUGUUGCCUUACUGGGCGUUUGUCCCCAACGGGAUGGCGUCGGACGGGGAAAUAUCCGCCGGUAUCGUCUACGUGGGCCAGGGUUCACCCGACGACUUCGACGCCCUUGCUGCUAAACAGGUGCUGCUUCAGGAUCGGGUAGUGGUGGCGUCGAUGGGAGGCAUCCCCGAACUGGAAAAAGUGGUGUUAGCCCACAAGUUUGGUGCCAAGGCGAUGGUGCUUAUCAGUCCCGCAGGCGGGGACGAGUACGAUCCCGAAGUGCGUGACCGUAUCAUCCUGCGUCCCAAUGUUGGCCGGGUUCGCCAGCUGUUUGGCAGUGUGCUUUCCCCGGACUGGUCUAACGCUAAACGGGACGAACCCCGGGGAUUUGUGCCGAGAGUGCUGUGGGAUAAACUGCCGGUGACUCCAAAAAUCCCCGUGCUUCCCAUAAGUCACGCCGAUGGACAGAUUUUAUUGGAAAAGGUAAAAGCUAAUGGCAAAAACAAUGUCGAUUUCGGUAAUCACCUUGUUUCUGGUGAUGGCUCAGUGGAAGUGAAACUCACGGUGGCCACCGACUCCCGCCCCGUCCAAAAGGCAUGGAACGUGGUGGGGUCGAUCCCGGGUCGUGAAGUCACCGGCCAGGCCAUUAUUGUUGGUGCUGGCCGUGACUCUGUCGGACCCGAUACCACGGGGCUGGCAUCAUCCACGACGGUGCUCCUUGAACUUGUAAGAGCGUUAACCCAGCUCCAACGGCAAAAGGGGUGGUCGCCAGCACGGCUGAUCUACUUUAUGCUGUGGGACGCCACCAACUACAACUUGGCUGGGUCGACGGAGUGGGUGGAAUUCCAACGGGAAGAGCUCAAGCAACAGGGCUACGUCUACGUCGACAUCAACGACGUGGUCACUGGAGGCAAUUUGGAGGUCAAAGGCCACCCGGCAUUGCACCUGGCGAUCUUCGAUGGCCUCAAGCGCGGCACCGGCGCCAGCGGCAAACUGUUCUACGACGAGUUCCGGGAUAAUCACGACGGCACCGCCGACUUAUCGUACGCGAUGAACGAAGAAAAGAACUACCUCCCGUUCAUCAAUGCCGCCAACAUCCCGGCUAUGGAACUCCGAUUUGUUGCUGAUAAAGAGGACGGCGUUCGUGGCACCUGUGCCAAUAACUGGAACGCGUUUGUUGACCACCACAUCGAUCCGGGGAUGAAGAACCACUUCCACGCGGUGUACGCCACGGGGUUGAUUAUGCUUCAGCUUUUGGAACUGCCGUUUAUUCCUUACGAUCUUCAGAUGUGGGCGGCUAAGCUCACCCAUUACCGCCGCCAACUUGAGCUGUUUAUCGACAGAUACAUUGCUGCCCACCCUGAGCUGAUAACUCCAGUGAUCCACUACGCAGCGUUGGACCAGGGUAUCGGAAAACUCAACGAAGCUGGGGUUGGUCUCCGCCGCAAUAUCAAGGCGUGGACGGAAAGCAUGGCUCGCUUUGACCACAUUGAGGCACCGGCCCUCCGCAUGUUCCGCCUCCGCCUUAAUGAGUUGAUCAUGGACUACAACCCGCGCUUCGUCAUUGAUAUUAAGGGGGAAAGCGGUCGCACGAGCACUUAUCGCAACGUGCUCUUUGGGCCGUCGUUAUAUGCCCCUAAUUCUGAGCCGUCGUUGGGUAGUAGCGACAAUGGCGAUAAUGCCUUCCCCGUGAUCCGUGACUACGUUUACGAAAAAGACUGGGGACGGGUUCAACUGGAAAUUAACCGGUUGGGGGCGUUUUUAACCAACGCCGCAACCGGCUAA